AUGCAACAGAUGAUGCCAAUUCUGGUACAACUUGUUUCCCAGAUGGAUGUGGUAAACCCAGAAGUCUUGAGGGUGACACCGGUUUUUCGCGCUUUGGAACACUUUGGUGCAGCGUUACGUUUGGGAUCUGCCGGCGACUUCUACAGCAAAAGUCACACGAGUCAAAAGAUAUCGACAUUUUGGAGUCACUCUUGGCGUGGCGGGCGUUGGAAGAAAUUGUUCGCAAUUAUCACUUUCUACAACGGUACUGCUGCAGUAUCCUUGGCUUUGCUCACAGGGGCGUGUAUGAUGGUGCUCUUCAUUUUGGGAAUCCUCCCUGGAAUUGACCGCGGAUGGUGGGAUGACAGUUUUCUGUGGUCUUGCUGGUCAACUUCUUCAGGGCUCGUCGUCGCGAGUCUGGUCAUGCUUCUUUGGCGACCACGCGAUGGAGUCUUCCUUGACCGGAUUUGUAUUUGCCAAAGCAACCCGCGCCUGAAGACGGAUGCGAUCCUCAGCCUGGCCGGGCUGUUGAAAAGCUCCGACAGCAUGCUCAUUCUGUGGGACCCAACAUGGACUGAGAGGUUGUGGUGCUUGUUCGAGCUGGCCGCUUUCCUGAAAAGCAAGUCAACGCAAGAACAGUGCCUUACUGUCAGGCCCGUUUUCAUGGGACCUCUUUCCAUCGCAGUCUUCCUUACUUUUUUUUCAGUUGCAAUGCCGAUCUCAACAGCACCUGUCGAGACAGAAAGAACAGUCGUGGAGCUACUGGCGACCAUCGUGUUGUGGUUUUCAGUGGUUGCUUUCCCGACCGUCAGCACUGUCCGAAGCUACUUCAGAGACUUAGACACCAUGAAGCUGCAGUUGUUGUCGAUCUCAGUUGAUUCUACAAGAAGUUCAUGCUGUGAUCAGAACCACGUGACCAGUUUGGGCAGACCUUUACUCUGUGACCGCAAGAUCGUGAAAGAGUGCGUGAAGAUUUGGUUCGGUAGCGAGUCAUCUUUUGAGGAGACGGUGCGCACGAAGGUGUUGGACAUUCUGCAGCGUGACCUCACCCAGACAGUAUUCAGUACAUCGUGGGCUUUGGGCGUAACUUCUCCAAUCGUGUUGGCUUUCAUGGACAUCUCUGCCAGCUGGACCCAAGUCACUUUUGAUCCGCUGUGGCAUCAUCCUGCUAUUGCCCUUCUGCUCGAAGGUUUGGUGAUUUGGCUGUUGUUCGUCCCAGCUACCAAGGAUCUCAUGAUACUUUUGCUCAGGCUUGGGCGGCGGCGACCGAGGAACACUUGUGUGGAGCUUCUCAAGAACGCAUUUCUGCUGGGAGUUGCGGCUAUCCCUGUCCUUGUAUUGGUCAUGUCUUAUGGCCUCACUCGAUUUACUGACCUUGUUGUUUUCGACACAGAGAAUGCUUUCCUUCGGGCAGUAGGUUUUGCAUGCUGCACGGCCUUCUGGAAAUGGAUGCUUAUGCUGCGUUUCCUGAGCCCCACGCCGAAAGUCGGAAAUCCCGAUGUCACUGGUGCGUCGAUCUCCAAACGAGACCUGGGCGUCUUACAUGCCGGUUGCCACGAACAGAGCCCCGAAAAGCCAAACCCUCAAACGGGCCGAUUGACCGUGUGCACUGCAAACCAGCCUUCAGCCAUGGCAGCACUGGUUCUCUUCGUGGACUCCCCUGUGGGGACCGGCUGGUCCUGGGCCUACCCAGGAGGUUUCGCUGUGAGCCAGGUGGAAGUCGCAGAGGACCUCGUGUUCUUCCUACAGAAGGUGGCUGAGCGCUUGCCGCUGUCUCACCGUCGCCUCGUCCUGGCUGGAGAGUCGUAUGGCGGACACUUCGUGCCAGCACUGGGGGAUAUGCUCCUGACCUCAAAGUGUCCCUUUCAGCUGGAGGCCAUUGCCAUUGGUGAUGGGCUGACGGACCCGGCGACUCAGGUGCUCACCAAGCCCAAAGAGGCUUUCGCCUUCGGCUUGCUGGACGAGGCCCAGCUUGCCAAGGCGGAGCAGCUGGCACAGGCAUCACACGAUGCAGCGCAGGCCAAGCUUUGGGGCAAGGCAGUGGACCUACGCCAGGAGAUGGAGGGCUUUGUGAGAAACGUUUCGGCCAUCAACCCCUAUGACGUGCGAACAACCGAGCCGUACGACUGGAUGGAACUUCGGAUGCAGACCUUUUUCGAUCUGAACGAGACGAAAGAUCUCCUCCACAUCCCCCGCGACUAUCGUUUCGGGACCAGCCCAGAGGUGCAGCUGAAUCUCCGAGACGAUAUCAUGCAGUCCCAGAAGCCGCAGAUCGAGUCGCUGCUGCGGGCGGGCAUCCGAGUGCUUCUGUAUCAGGGCCAGUUUGAUUGGAAGGACGGCGUGGUUUCGAAUGAAGCCUGGAUCAGAACUCUUGACUGGCCAGGCAUGGCAUCCUUCUUGGAAGCGAAUCGCACUGUCUGGCGCCGCGCCAGCGAUGGCCGGAUUGCAGGCUACUGGCGGGGAUUCCAAAACCUGGAACAGGUGGUGGUCCUGGCGGCAGGACACAUGGUGCCCAUGAAUCAGCCUCUCUCCGCCGUCGACAUGCUCCUGCGCUUCUUGCACUACCCCAGGCCCGGCGAGCGCAUCCCGCUGAACAUCGAAUCCGUCCAGAUCUGA